AUGGCUCAGGUCGAGCCGCUGGUGGGGUACCUCCUGUCCAAGUACGCCGACACGGUGACGGAGGGCCUCGAGAAGAUUCGCCGCCAGGCGCAGACGGAUAGGGCGUUUGCCGCCGCCUUCCUGCUGCACCCGCAGGGGCUCGUGGCGCUGCAGGAGGUGCUGCAGAAGCGGGAGUUGUGUGCGCCUGCGUUGCAGACGGUGACGCAGCUGGUGGAAGCGUGCGACAACGCAGGUGUGCGCUCGAGCGCCCUGCGGGAGAUGUGCCGCGGCAAGGCUUUUUGGGUGCUGCGCCGCGGACUGGCGUCGCUCUCGGAUGCGAUGUUGCCCGUCACGAUGGCCGCCCUGCAGUUUCUCGCCGUCGUGGCGAGCAGCCUCCCCAAGUUGGUUCUUUCUCGUUUCGGUAACACCGUGCCGCUGCAGCUGUCGUGCUUCCGCCUGCAGCUGCCCUACUCGCAGCGGCGCAUCCGCAUGGCGCGGGUGCAGUUUCUUCUCAACCUCGUCGCCACCCCACACGCGGGCACCGUCGAGAUUGUGGUCUGCGCCCACGGCUUUCUCACGCAUCUUCUGGAGGACGCCGCGGAGCUGCUGCAGGAGGGCACAGAAACGGGCGUCAGCCUCGCCCGCGCGGCCCUCCGCGUGUUCGGCGAACACUUCAUGGAGGGGCGGAUGCCGUCGGCGCGCAAGCGGGCGGUGCUGCUGGCGCAGAAGAACAUCGUCCGGCUGCUCGUCAAGGCCCUGGACCACGCGCUGGUGGCGGAGUACGCCUUUGGCAUCUUGUGCCGCAUUGUGGUGGAGCUGGUGGAGUCCCCGUGCGACUACCACGUCAUGCGGCUCGAGGCGGAGGACCGGGGGAUGCCGAACUACCUGCUCUUCUUCAUUCUGCGGCAGCUGCGCCCGAAGAGUUCCCCGGCGUCGGCGCGGCUGGCGAUUUUUAUCCUGCAUCAGGCACCGGACCUGAUCCGGCCCUUUUUCACGCGUGUUUCAAGCCAUCUUGGGGACGACGGCGGCGCGGCGCGCAUCUCCGCCACCACCGCCGCGGUGGCCACGCUGAACACCAUGACGCGCGCCAUGCUCACGCCCAUCCCCUACCACCUCGCCGCCGGCAAGGCACGGCUGGAAACGGUGGAGGCGCGGGCUACGACAUUCUUCGCUAUGAGCUCCGAGCACGUGGCGGAGGAGAUAUGCCCCGCGUGGGUGGCAGAGUACGUGCACCGCCACAUCAAUGGGUCCAGCGACCUCCUGCUGCUUGCUUUCGCCAUUCAGUUGACCUGCGCCAUCCUGACACGCGCCAAGGCCAUUCAACACCUCGUGGCGAAGCUGCAGGACGCUCAAUCGGAGGAGGAAAAGGACGAAGGCAGCCGUAGCGAGUGGGACACGUUUGAUGCCAAAGUGCAGGCCGCCUUGUUAAAGGUCAUUCCUCGUCGGGAAGAGUUUUGGCACCGCAUGACGCAACAACUGCAUCCAAUGAUGUACCCCGCGUCCAACGCAAAGGGCGAGGCCAAACAGGGUCCUGCAGAGAAGGUUGUAUUUUUGUCGCAACGCAUGUUACUUCUGAUGGAGUUGUACGCGGAUGUAUUUCAAUUGCGGAUGUCUUGGCUGAGUGCGGUGCCCUCGUUCCUUCCCACGUUUCGCACGUGUGCGCACCCCAUCGAGGAUGCCUUGCGCCGCGGGGAGGGUGCGCUUACGUCCUGGCCGGCGCCAAGCAUCUCUGCCCUCUGCUCACUGCUCGUGUCCGCGCUAUCGCAGGGGGUCUCCAUGACGAAGCUGCACCAUGUGACGAUGAGUAGCACAAAGAAGGGGGUGUUGGAGUGGCCGCUUCUACUGAGUGUGAUGUUGUGGGCCGUCCGGCACCGCAACCCAGACGGCGAGGAGGGGCAGCUGGCGUGGGCGUGGGUGGCGCGACUGAUGCAGUGGACGGUGCACAGCGUGACGGUGCGGUUUGUGUGCGAGUUGGAGGAGGCGUUCGUGUGGCUUGCGACGAUGGACGAGUCAACGCUUCCGUGCUUUGUGCACCUCAUUAAUUACUUGCUGCAGCGAAGCCUCUCAAAGUCCGCCGACCGCAUUGCACAGGAGCUGAUGCAGGGCGAUGCCGGCAUCAUUGUCUGCGCCGCCCGGUCCUUUGCGGCCAAAGCCGAAGAGAAAUCCACGUCGGGUGACGUCGGUGCCGUGGCAGAGAAGGGGGCGGGGAAGCAGCGGCGGGGGAACAAAAUGCCGCGGCACGAACACGCCGACGAGGCGGAAGCCGGGGGAGCGGCGGGGGGCGGCAGUGAUCUCUGGACAACCGAUUUGCGGGAGCACGUGGCGGCGUUUAAAAAAGUGACGGAGCGGGUCGCGCGUGCGUGGCCGGACCGCGGCGCACGCAUGAAAGAGGCGUUGCCGAUCGUCUUUGCCAGUGCACGCACCAACGAGUCCGGCAAGCGGCGCAUCGCACUGACGAUGCUGCAGGCCGAGAAGGAGCACCGCUCCCUGCGCCCCAUUCACGAUCAACUGCUCGAGUUCUGCCGGACGCUGCGCCCACCCGUGCCGGCAACGGACGCGGAAGAAGAGGCGGCGCUGCUCUCCACCGCCCGCCGCGGCGACGUCGCUGCCCUGCUGCGGCAGUUGGACGGGGGCGGCGGGCCUCGGCCAUCGGAGUGGUGCAAGUUCCCCACACUGGGGUGGGAGCUGGCGGGUCUCCUGCUGCGACGCCUCAAUGAACUCGGUGGAAGCCGCCUCGAUGAAGUGGAAAGUGUCGGGGAGGCCUACCUCAGUCUACUGGCCUGCGGCCAUUCCUUGCUGGAAAGCGUCGCCAACGACGCGACGGCGGUGGCGCAGGUUUUGCUCGACCGCCGCCUUAAUGAAGCAAAUACGGUGGGAUUUCUUCUUCUUCUGCUAGCGGCCACGCGGAUUUUGCUGCAUGGGCAAGCUCAGCCUGCGCCGUUGACGUCCGCCGCACACGCUCGGCUGGAGGAUGCGACGGUGACGGCCCUCGCACGUCUCCUCCUGUGCACGUAUUCGGGGACAGUCUCCGCGAUGGAUCGCGUCCGCUACACCACACUGCUCACCCUUAGCUACCUGCAGCAGCAGGAACAGCGGGGCGCCGGGGCGCAGCGGCACGGUGGUGCAGAGGAGACACCGCGCGACGUGGAAGCCGAGGAUGAGGACGCGGCGGGGCGGCGAGAGGAGGAAGAUGCACCGCUGGUCGCAUCGCGGCGUACGACGACGCUGCGUGUCUUUGGUGGAAUGCUGGUGCCACACGUCAUUAUGGACCAGCGCUUCCUCAUCAUGAACCACCAAAGCUCCCCGCACGUUGCCCCCGAGGUCGACAUGCUGUCGCUUCUGGUUGACAUGUGGACAGAGGAGGAGGUGGCGGCGGCGGCGCUGCAGUGCCCCGCACGCCUGCACAACACCCUGCUGGUGAAUGCGAAGGUGGACCUUGGCUGGGAGGUGCUGCGAAGCCUCUUCCCCGAAUUCUCUGCGCAGGGCGACGUCCCGCUGGCCUCUUUUGACGCGCUCACUGCAGCCACUGUGAUGGACCCGCGGUAUUUGGCGCCGCUGCUCCACGUCGUGCUCGCCAUGCCGGCAGAGCAGCUCCCGCGAAAGAACAUUGGGACCAAAUGCAUCCCGUUCCUUCUGCGCUCGUUGUCCUUCACGGACCCGCAGCUGCGACGGCUGGGCGCAACGGCGCUGUCUGCCGUCUGGACGCCGAGCGGCCCCACACGCAUUGUUGUUGGCUUUGCCCGAUUAAAGCUGACACAACUCGCCGGUAAGCGGGGGCGAUCCACGCGUUGCCCGCACCCGCACCCGCAACAGCAGCAACAGCAACAGCAGCAGCAGCGGGGAGGCGGGGAAAUCGCAUGGGACUGUCCAAGACUUCCCGCCCCCGUCUCCGCCUUUCUGGUGAUGGCGCUGCAGCCCCUCGCCAACGCGGGUUAUCCCCUGCACAACGACAUCAUGCGUUUCCUCAUGGAGACGCAAGAGGCCCUUGCGAAUCCUGUCCCGCUGCAUCGCUUUUUGACGUCCUUCCCACUUGCCUGCAUCACAACCCCGCUAAUGAUUAAACGCCAAGAAGCUGCGCAGAGCAUGACGAAAAGUCAUAUUGCCGCUGCUUCAGCGGAGGAGCUGGUGCAGGAACUGAAGUCGGGGGCGCCCAUUCAUUUAGAAUUUAUUGUGCGCCUGAUUCAGUUUGGGUGUGCCACAAAUGGGGAUAUGAUGGCACUACUUCGAUCCGAGUCGCUGCAGACGAUGAUGCUGCUUGCCUCUAUGCUGGCCGCCUCUGCAGAAAUUCGCCUGCAGUUGCUGCGCUGCCUCCAUUUCGCCUGCACCACCUCCUCCGAUGUGGCGAAACAGGCUCUGGAGGAGGGCCAUGUCUUGUCGUGGCUGCUUGGCUUUGCGGCGCAGCUGCUGCGAGAGUACGGCGGGUGUGUGCACAUGUACGGCGAGCCGCUCUUCAUGGAGGUGGUGACGCUGCUGCGGAAGCUCUCGCCGCUCUCGCGUGCCUCGCCCCUCCAGGCGCGGCAGGUGCGGCAGCAGCUGGAGCUCCUUCGUGACGGGCUGCUCGCCAACCGCGUGACGACGAGGGACGUGCUGGACGGGGUCGAGGGCGUCCUGCGGGGGAUGCGCGGCGAGGAGGGGGCCGCCGCCGCCGCAGGGACGGCGCCGCCGAGGAAGCGGCGGGCGCCGCACAACAGCUGGCGUCCGGCGCAAAGAAUCAAGCAGCGGUGA